AUGAACCCGCCAAGAACGUCGUUGAGAUCGGAAAACUCAGCGAAGUUUUGUUUCAGACGCAAAAACAGCUGCGUCGAGUUCCGGUGGAGAUUCUCUACCUCCAGCGAGCUCUUUGCCAUGAUAGUCUCGGCCACUCCAAUCAAUCCCUCGGUCUUUGCUUUCAUCGUCGAGUCGAGGAAAAUAGUCCACUCCUCAAACAGGGUGUCAAUUGGUUCUCCUGAACGGAACACCUUUGGAGCACUUGGAGCUGUCUCUUCCACUUGUGGAAGCACAGACUCCGCAUUAAGGAACUCCAGCGACUCUCCAGUAUGGAAUCCACAGAUGUACAGAAUCCACUGCACCAGCAACGACUGUAUGUUCUCCAGAGGAGAGCUGAAAGCUGCGCUGUUCUUGAUAGCCAUUUGGAGCAUGAACCUGGCAUCAACAAGUGCCUCGUCAAUGCUCGAUCCAGAAAGCUGUUUCAUUCCAGAACCAGCAGCAACAAGAUCUUCCACCAAAGUCUGGUUCAACAAGUCAACCACCUUCGGUUCGCCUUUAGAUGUCCACAGUUGGUCGAAGAUUCUUGGAUAA